AUGUCAAGAGUAAUUCGACUAACAGUUGGAAUCAUUAGGCAGUCUGUGCCCCACAAGAUUUCGCCGUUUUCGCCUCCUAUUUGCGCACCAGCAAUUGCGUCAAAAACAAAUAAAGAAAGUGAUUUCAAAAUUGCUGAUAUUUUAAAAGAAAUACUACAGAAAUACAGCUCGAAUGAGAAGGGAAGGACUCAGCGCAUGGCAGCGUUUAAAAAGGCUCAACAAGGGAAGGCGAAAGAACAACAAGCCGCUCAGGCGGCAGCGCGUGCUGCUCAACUCGCCGAGCACACGCUGAAUGAGCUUGAUUUUAGAAUGAUUGGCCCUAAAAUAAUCGGUCCCAAAUGCUCCAUCGUCUGUGCAUGCGUCUCGGCAUGGGGGAUCAUCAUGUUUCUGCUGCUUGGCGCAUUCUUUCACGUUGAAUCACCGGCACUGAGAGAAGACAUCAGCCCCAAAGAUGACUCGAGGGAAGCCGUCUCGGAAGCGUACGCCAACACCGCCAUCAACUGCUACAUUACGGGUGCGAUUUACGCCGGAACACUGGUUUUUGCCGGUUGGCAGGUCGCCGUCAAUAAUUCACGCACCUACCAGAUGGCGUGA